AUGUCCCCCGACAUCAAUUCAAUAACUACGGCUAGCGCACCUACGCGAGACACAAGGAUGACAACACAGGGGACGAGUGACAUAUCCUUGACCACAGUCUUCGCAGCUAUUAACAAUCCAGCAAUUCCAGCUCCAGGUGAAAUGCAGCCGAGCACGAUAAGCCAUUCUGGUAGCCCCACUCGCCGCAGACGCUCUUUCGCCUUGCACCCGACACAGGCACAGCAUCGUCGUCAGCCAAGUCUGGGCGAGCUGCACCAGGAGCUGGAAAAUGAGCAAGAAGCUCAAGUGAACCGACUGCUACACAUGAUACGUCUGCAGCAAGACGAGCUCGAUACACUACGAAGGCAACGAGAUGAUCAGCAUGGCCUGUCAUUUUCUGCGACAGAACUAGCGGGUAUUUUCACUUCGCAAAAUGUCCCACCGUCCUCAAGUCGAUCAUCCACUAGAUUUUCUAUUCCUGGUCCACGCAGCCAAGAUACAUCGCCUCACUCGAUGCGACUCUCUGAGAGUACAACUCUAGCAACAGACCGUGCUCUGUUGGAGAUUACUCGGGAUGAGUCGGCCUUUUACCAGGCCGAGACGCAAUCACUGACCCGAGAGAACCAGAUGUUGAAACUGCGGAUUCGUGAACUUGGUAAGCUUUGA